AGAGGAGGAAGAGGCAGAAAGACCAGGGUUUGCGUCGUCGUCGACUGCAGCCUUGCGUGACAACACCAGACCGGAUUCGUGUUUCUGGUAUAGACAUUUUUUGGUCGACAAUUUGUCUUCUUCUUCUCGAAGGGGACCAAUCUUAUAUUUACACAUUUCAUCGACCCGUCGACCAGUGUAAAUGAACUGUUCUGUUUGGUGUUCUAACGUGGAUAAAGUUAAGGAAAACCUUCUAAUGGAGGCUUGCUGGGCAAAAUGGCUGGGCUCACUGAAAUGUGAAACGGACGGUUAGCAGUGGUAGCAGAAACAACUGGUAAAUACCCCUAAAUAAACCUGCAGUCAUGGGUGARUUCCUGAAAUACAUCGACUACGACCACAAGACCAGCUUCUUGAAGAUGUUGAACCAACAGAGGAUGGAAGGGGAYCAYUGUGACGUUGUGGUUGUGGUGGAAAACGUUGAGUUCAGAGCUCACCGCUGUGUCCUGGCCGCCUGCAGCAUCUACUUCAAGAAACUGUUUAAAAAACAGAACGAUGUGGACAACUCCAUCGUGGAGCUCGACUUCAUUCGAUCCGACAUCUUCGAGGAGGUCCUCAAUUACAUGUACACCGCCAGGCUCGCCGUCCGCAAAAAGGACAUCAACCUCAUGAUGUCCUCCGGACAGGUCCUGGGGAUCGCCUUCCUCGACAACCUGUGUUCACAGAAGCGUGAGCCCAAUAUGAAGCUGAGUCGUGAGAACCAGGCGCCAGGGGACGAGCACCUGAAGAUCCACACGGGCUUUAAACCGCACCGCUGCCUGGUCUGUGGCAAGGCGUUCAUACGAGGGCCCGACUUAAAGCGACACGAGAGGGUCCACAGCAACGAGAGACCCUUCGGAUGCCAGAUGUGUGAAAAGGCCUUCAAGCACAAGUCCCACCUGCGAGACCACGAGCGGCAGCACCGAGGGGAGAGGCCCUUCAACUGCGGCUCCUGUGAAAAGGCGUUCAUCAAAGCGUCCGACCUGAAGCGCCACUGGAACACGAUGCACAGCCAGCGCAGAACGCUGUCCCCGGCCGCCGCCGCCGCCGCCACCCCGGGCAGCAUCCAGGGAGACACCGACACGCAGAGCCAGAGGGACUGGAAGCUAGAGGCUGGGCCACAUUCGUAA